AUGUCGUUCUCAAACCCACGCCGCAAAAUGAUGACUCGUUCCGGGUCCAUCGCCGAGAAGGAAAUGGCACUUAAGACGACCACCUCUCUCCAGAAGGGUGCUACCUUUCACUCUCCUUCAUCACCCAAGUUGACCAGUGUUGAUGAGGAUUAUCUCCCACCGCGUCUCACCCGCUCCCAAUCUCAACUGGACGACGUGACCGACGCCCACCGCCGCCGUAUGGCCUUGACCCUCUCUACUCUGAACGACAUCGAUGAGGCUCUCUCCAAGACCUCUCUGUCCGAUUCGAAACCAAGAAAGAAGUCGCCUCUUCGCGACAGCUCUGCUCCAGUGCCUCGUGGCCUCUUCGAACUCCCCGUCGUCGACCCAGCUAUGGCUAAAGAGCAGGAGCGUCGGGUUCUCCGCCCCCGCUCGGUGCGCCACAGCAGACACCAUGCUUCCGACAGCGGCCUCGGGAGCUCACUUGCUUCGACAAACGACAAGGCUUCUGCUGUCGAUGUUUCCUCCAAGAAGAACACGAAAGCGCAGGCGGCUAUCCGCUCCGCCGCUGCCAGUAACAGCAACUUGGCACCCACUCUCAGCCGCCGCGCUGUGAAUCGCAUCCACGAGCAUACGCUUCGUCCUCUUCUGGAGAAGCCCUCGCUCAAGCCCUUUGAGGCCAUCGUGCUGGACAUUCCCGGCCGCAUUCGUUCCAAGGAUAUUAUCUGCCUUCGGGACAUUGAGAGGACACUUAUUUUUAAGGCUCCGGAGAAGGCAAAGACCGCCGCUCUGUACAUGGAUUUCUGUCUCACCUCGAUCCGAUGUCUUCAAGCGACUGUCGAAUACCUCACCGACCACGAGCAAGUUCGACUUGACGACCGCCCUUACACUAACGGAUAUUUCAUCGACUUGAAGGAACAAAUUUAUGAAUACGGUAGACUACUCGCCACCAAGGAAAAGGGUGACCUUUCCGAUGACAUGAGCAUCGAUAAAGGUGAUGAGAUUCGUCUGUUUGGAGGCAUUCAUGAGAAUGGUCGCCCAGCUGAGCUGGUCCGUGUCAAGAAGGACGGCAGUGCCUUCUCCAUGGCCACUGGCAAACCUGUUGACCUGAACGAGGCCCCCGUCAAGUUCAAGCGCUCCCUCAGCGAGCAGCUCGACGACGACGAGGAGAUUAUGCGUUCCAUGGCCCGCCGCAAGAAGAACGCUACUCCCGAAGAGCUCGCCCCCAAGAAGUGCCGCGAGCCCGGUUGCAACAAGGAGUUCAAGCGCCCUUGCGAUCUGACCAAGCACGAGAAGACUCACUCUCGUCCCUGGAAGUGUCCCAUCCCUACCUGCAAGUACCACAACUACGGCUGGCCUACCGAGAAGGAGAUGGACCGCCACGUCAACGACAAGCACUCUGACGCUCCUGCCAUGCACGAGUGUCUCUUCAAGCCUUGCCCCUACAAGUCGAAACGUGAAUCCAACUGCAAGCAGCACAUGGAGAAAGCUCACGGCUGGACCUACGUCCGCACCAAGUCCACCGGCACCGGCAAGAAGAUGCCCUCUAAGCCUGCCAACAUGGAUACUCCCUCCAUUGCCAAUCUUUCUCCUCCCAACACUACGCCUAGCUACAGUGUGCCAACGCCGCCUCAAGACGCCAUGCCCCAAGGCAUGCAGUCCAACGAUUUCCCCAUGUUUCAGGACGAGCCCGACUGGUUGGCCUCUGUCGGCAUUUCUCCCGAGACCAUUGACACCAUGGAUCUCGUCCUUGAAAACCCUUCUCCCUCCUCGUCGGCCUCUUCGUACGAGCAGUACCCUCCGUAUCAAAAUGGGUCUACCUUCAUCAUCAACGACGAAGAUCUUUACGCCGCGAGAAUGCAGCUUCCUCAGCAGAUGCCCAUCGCCGAGCAGAUGUACAACAAGAUGAUGGCUCAACAGAUGCCCGGUUUCCAGAUGGCACAGCCUACAGUUGUGCCUGACAUGGAGAUCCCGACGCACUUUUCUCCUACCGGUCAUGGCAACCCCAUGCUAUACACUCCCACUUCUCUGCGUGACGUGGACGAGGGCUUCGAUGAUUCGCUUGGCGGCGAUGAUGUUGAUUUCCAGCUCUUUGACGCCCAUGCCGGCAAGCUCAACGAUAUGCAGCCGCUGUUUGGCGAAAUGCCAAGCGCCGACAUGGGCUUCUCCCAAAACACCCAGCCCGAGAUCUUUGCCAACAUCGACCUCGCCAUGCUGGACACCCUGGACUAUACCACCUUCCAGGAAUAA